AUGGGCUGUACAAGCAGUGCUCCAAACAUGGUCAACUCAAGCAAAUCAGAAAAAAGCAUUCAGUUUGAAGAAGAUGCGAGCGAUAUCCAGUCUCGAGAUACGGAAGAAAUAAUUUAUAGAGCGGGCAAUGAUUCAGACGAAACAAACGAGCUUCCACCGUGUGAUAAUUUAUCAGAACAUAAUAUAAAUGUAGUUAGAAAUAUAUCUACUUCUAGUUUAAAAACAGAAAAAGACGACCAAGCAGACAGACAAAGUAGUGAAAUAAUACUUAACAAAACAGUAUCCAGCGCUACACUACACGAAGAAGAAAGUCCGCCUAAACUAGAAGAAGUAGUUGAGAAGGUAGUAGAACUACAUUCCACAGAAAAUCUUACUGAAACCAAAGCUGAUGAAACUGUAGAGAAAACAGUGACUCUAGAAAGUGACGAUAACACAAAAGAAAGUAAUGUCCAAGAAAUGAGGAUUGCCCUGAAGAAGCUACAAGCCCAAGCCAAUCCGAGAGCAGUCGGGCCACGCGAUGGGAAGCACUAG